GACAUAAGGACAGGAUAAACCCUUCAGCUGAGUCCUGAACGGCAUGUCCCAAAGUGGCAAGACUCUGGUAUGACUCCUUGCAGGCAGCAGAGUAAGGCCUGGGUUGUAUUUUUGGAAGGGUUGGGGGGUGAGGGGGGUCGCCUUGUUAGGUCUGCUAAAAUAUUUCCAACAGCAGUGACUGUCAGGAGAAAGCUGGGUGGCAGGCACAGGGGGAGAGGGGCUUUUCUCUGUGGCCACCCGGAGAAGCCAUGUAAGAUCUCUGGCUUAUCAAGACAGAAACAAUUCCAAUGAGUAUCCGGUAAUUGGCUCCAAACUUGUAACAGCAUAACUGAUUCAGCAAGGAAACUGUACAGUCGUACAUGAGUGGAAUCGACGAAUCCAAGAAGACACUAGAAUAAUCUGGAGAAAAAUAACUAAUCUAAAGUGUCUGUAAACGUGACAAGCUUCAUGGACACGCUCAGAAAUCCCCAUAUCUGCAAAAGAAGAAUCCCCCUAAAGUUCAGCACCAAGGAUAUCGCCAGGCAGUUUUGAUGCUAGGUGAAGGUGAAGUCAGAUUGUCAGCUUUACUUUCUGAUCGGUGCGUUUUUGCGCGUCCAUAAGGUAUGAGUGGAGGUCGCUUUGAGUUUGACGACGGAGGAGCUUAUUGCGGAGGCUGGGAGGGGGGCAAAGCUCAUGGCCACGGCAUCUGCACCGGACCCAAAGGCCAAGGCGAGUUCUCGGGGUCCUGGAACUACGGCUUCGAGGUGGUGGGGGUCUACACCUGGCCCAGUGGAAACACCUACGAGGGUUACUGGUCGCAGGGGAAGCGUCACGGUCUGGGAGUAGAAACCAAAGGACACUGGAUUUACAAGGGGGAAUGGACUCAUGGCUUCAAAGGGAGAUAUGGCACCCGGAUCAAUGUUGACAGUGGAGCAAAGUAUGAAGGAACAUGGAAUAAUGGGCUUCAGGAUGGAUAUGGAACAGAAACAUAUGCUGAUGGAGGUACUUUCCAGGGUCAGUUCACUGGCGGGAUGCGGCACGGCUAUGGUGUUCGUCAGAGCGUCCCCUAUGGCAUGGCAGCAGUUGUCCGCUCCCCCCUACGUACCUCUUUGACCUCCCUGCGCAGCGAGCACAGCAACGGCACUGUCUUGCAGCAAGACAUCCCCAUCAUCACCACUACCAACACCUCAGGUGAGGAGACGCGCGUUGCCACCCCUACCCAGCUGGGACCAUCCCGUGGAGGCUUCGCACUCAGCCUCCAGGUGGACCCAGAGGCAGUGAAAACCAAGAAGAAGGGCCUGUUCAGUAGGAGCUCCCUGCUGGCCAAACUGAAGAAGUCAGACUCAAGCACCUCACUGUCCAGCCAAAAGAGCAAGAUCAGCUUCCUCAGACCAGAAUCGGCUCUCAGCUCCAAUGCCAGCGACACCAACUCCACCAUCAGCCUUGGGGACGAGAGCCUAGCCGGAGCUGAGGAUUUCCCCCCAGUGGAGGCUGAUAUUGAUGCCACCACUACAGAAGUCUACAUGGGCGAGUGGAAGAACGACAAGCGCUCAGGAUAUGGAAUAAGCGAAAGGUCCAGUGGACUGAAGUAUGAAGGGGAGUGGCUGAACAACCAGAGACAUGGCUACGGCUGCACCACCUUUGCAGAGGGAGGGAAGGAAGAGGGCAAGUACAUGAACAACAUGCUGGUGAAGGCCAUGAAGAAGAGGGUGAUCCAGCUGAAGGGAACAAAGAUCAAGCAGAAGGUGGAGCGGGCGGUGGAGGGAGCUCAGAGGGCUGCAGCUAUCGCCAAGCAGAAGGCAGAAAUUGCUGCCUCGAGGACAGCCCAUGCAAAGGCCAAAUCAGAUGCAGCUGAACAGGCUGCUCAGGCCUCCAACAGUGAGUCCAGUAUUGCCAGGCUGGUGGCCAAAGAGCUCUCCCCUUCCUUCUACCAGCCAGGUCCUGAGUAUCUGAAGAAGAAAAUGUUACAGGAGGCCAUGGAGGGCAGUGUCAUGCAUGAGCCGGCGCCGGCUGAGGAGCAGACCCUACCCACGCCACCUGAAAGCCCACUUACGAAUGAACUGGACAGCCUCGUGCCUGGCCCAUCCCCAGGCCGCACCCCCUCCCCAACCUCGGGAAUCACCAGCAAAGAAGAGCCCAAACUGCCCAGUCCAGGAAGCUGGAAUGAAGACAAAACCAGUAAAGGUGGUGGUGAUAAUGAUAAGAGUAAACCCAACAGCAGGCCCAGCAGUUACCCCACUACCCCUUCAGCCCCCAUUUAUGCUCCCAUUUCAGCUGCACCUGAAGACGGAGGGGCCCCCAGCAGUCGCGGUCCCUCUCGUAGCCCCAGCCGUCAGAGCAGCAAGAAUGAGCAGGGCUCUGACAUGGAGAUUAAGCCCCUGCAGAAGUUUGACUCUAAGGCAAAAGCUCCAAAUGUCACUCCUGCCACUGCCCCCAAUGUAAGGAAUAGCCUCAUCUCUUCAGAUGAAGAGGAAGCACCACACCCCACCUCUAAAGUGCCCUCCAAAGCUGUCACCCCUGAGCCUAAACCUGCUGAGCUCAAAACUGAAAGAGCUCUGUCAGCCCACGAACAAGCGCUGUCCGUCUCAGAGAAGGAGGUAAGCAGGCCACCCAUUAAAGCUGAGACAAAGCCAUUACUAAAACGACAACCAAGCCCAGCUCCUUCCCCAAAACCUGCACCCAGUCUCGAACCUAAAACAGUGCCAAAGCAAGUGGAAGCCAAAGGUGUUGUUGCCAAACCAGCCCUGAAGGCGGAUCCCAGAGCAGAAGCCCGAAUGAAAGCCGUGCUGUCGAAGCCGAGUAAUGGUGUGACUGCAGAGUCUUGGGAGCUGGAGGGCCCAAACACCAUAAUGAUCUGCAUGGUAAUCCUGCUCAACAUUGGCCUGGCCAUUCUCUUCGUACACAUUUUGUCAUGAGACAUUUUUCCACCACCUCAGGUCACCAGCAGUAUUGGAGAGAGCUGGCCUUGCUCUUCCUCGGUAAGGACCAGAGAUCAAAGAGACUGCUGAGGGGAAAAAGACGCCUCAUGCAGACAGCUGCAGCUCAUCUAAAGGUUUUGGUUGGUGUGACCGGGUGAGGCUCUGUGAAGCUCCUCUCUUUCCGGAGGUCAGGGUAACUGAAGGACACUGAAUAACUGCAACGAUUCAGUACAGGCGAAUACGAUGACACCCGUAUGUUAUGGUGGGGAGUUGGGGGGCUAGAUGGUAGAGUACGUCUCAGUGCUAACACUGGUAAAGCAGUGAGGUUCUAAAUAAUUCACCUUCAUCACAGUGUGUCAUGUGUGUCAAAAUUUUGCUAAAUAAAUAAAAAAGGCUUUUAACUAAAACAUUAAUUGGCUUUCACAACACCAAGUACCGAUACAGCAGAUUAGACAAACCCAAGGCUGACAAGAUAAUUAUAACUGUUUUGUAAAAGAUAUUAGGGAAAUGUUUGUAUUAAGUAAUUGUCAGCUGAAGGAAUGUUGAUAACAUAUACAGACUGAAUAUCCUCUCCAUGCCUUGAACCUGAUUGUUUAGAAAUAAAGACUGCAGCAGACUUGAGGUUUGGUAGUGAGAAGUUUUGCUAUUGUUUUGAAUGUCUAAUGUAUGGUUAAAAACUGAAAAUGAUUUAAAUGUCUAUUAAGAAAAUACUGUUGGAAUAAUGCAAAAUGCAAUCCAGCGCUACUGUAAAGCCAUUUUGUUUUGCUGCUUUUCAUUCUCAAAGUCUCCAAAGCAUCAUGAUUUGCAUUUCAAGUGAUUGCAUCCUGCAAAACCUGAAUUUGGGAUUGUGGUGUACUAUACUGUGAAACUUUGUUUUCACUAGGAUUUUCAUGCAUUU